CCGGUGCCGGCCCGCCCCGUCGGCGAGCGGCGGGCGCGGGGAGCCGGGCGGCGGCAGAGCUGCGGGACGCGCCAUGCUGCCCGCUGCCCUCCGCCGAUGGCUCCGCCGACCCAAGCGCUCCGACCCACGCCUGCUCUCCCAGUUCUUCUUUGCCGACGAGAGGGUGACACGGGUGGUGGCCGAGAUCAACGGGCUGGAUGCCGAACUGGAUCCACAGCAGUACCUGGUGCUCCUCAACCAGCUCCACCUCAGCCAGGCUCACCUGCUGGCCGUCCUGGAGCGGAUCAUGGAGGAGUGCAUCCCCACGCAGCGGCACAGCCGUGACUACCUGGUCAAGUUCCCCGAGGAGCUCUUGGUGGACAACUUGGGGAACCACAUGCUGUUUGCUGCCGAGUGCCUCCUGGCCGGGACCUUCCUGGAGAUGGAGGAGUCAGAUGGGGCCCAGCUGCGGCCCCAGGCCAGGAAUCUGCUGUGCAGCCUGGAGCUGGUCCGGACAGUGCUGCGGGAGCAAAGCCUGAGCCAGCCCAGCUCCUACCCAGAGCCUGUGCGGGCUGUGCUCAUCCAAUUUGACCGUCUGUUUGCAGAGUUUGAGCUGAGCUACGUGUCCUCGCUGGUGGCAGUGAAGUCUCCUGAUGAGAUCUACAGGCAGCAGGAGAUCAUCGUGCUCUUCUGUGAGACAGUAGAGAGAGCGCUGCACCUGGGCUACCUGACCCAGGAGAUGAUUGAUGGCUAUGAACCACUGCUGAUGUUCACCAUCCCUCGCCUGGCCAUUAUCAGUGGUCUCCUCAUCUACCCUGAGGGUCCCCUCAGCCUGGAGCGGAGCCCUGAGGAGAUGUCCCGGGUCUUCAGCCCCUUCUACAGCCUCCUGAAGAAGAUCAGGGACCUGUUGUGGGUGCUGUCAGCAGAGGAGCUCUGCCUGCUGGAGAGGAGCCUGUGCACAGCCGAACAGGAGGAUCCCUGCAGUCCAGAUGGGGGGGCAGCUGUGCCCAGUGUGGACCCUCCUGCUCCCUUCAGUCUUCUGGAGGUUCCUAAUGCCACCCAACCUCUCCCCACCUGCACGACACGACUGGGACCCCCCAGAGCAGUGGAUGGCCUGGGCACUGAUUGGCAGCAGGGGUGUGCGGUGGGCAGGGAGCAGGACCAAGAUGGCAAAUCUCACACCAUCCCUGGUGUAAUGGUCACCUCCCCCCUGCACAGUCCCCAGCCCCUUGGGAGCGGCCCAGGGAUGGGGGUCAAUGCCAGCUCAGGUGCCCGCUGCUCGGAGCUGCGCUCCCGCUACAGCAGCUCCAAGGACAUGCUGCACACCCUCUUCGUCUGCAUCUCAGGGGUGGCUGAUCAGCUCCAGACCAACUUUGCCAGUGACAUGAGGAGCAUCUUGAAAACUGUCUUCAAGAUUGUGUGCACGCAGGCGGAGCCCUCAGAGGAGCAGAGUUACAGCAAAGAGAAAGGUGGUGACUCCUCUGUGACAGAUGCUCCUUGCGUGGCUGACUGCCCACUGUGCUCCAGCCCUGCAGAGGCUGCCAGGCUCCGGAGGGCAGCAGGUGCCCGCCACCUGCCCGAGUGGGUGCCCGACAGCACAUGCAGCCAGUGCUCUGCCUGCCGCUCGCCCUUCACCCUGCUGCGCCGCCGGCACCACUGCCGCAGCUGUGGGAAGAUCUUCUGUGCCCGCUGCUCACCGAACACUGCGGCGCUGCCCUACUACGGCCAGACCAAACCCGUACGUGUCUGCACCCAUUGCUACACCACACACCUCCCGCCCACAGCGCGCUGUGCCCGGAGCCAGUGAGAGCCCCUGUGCCAGACCUGCAUCACAGGACAGCUGGGUGCCCAGGGCCACUCGGGGCUGCGGGGCAGCACCUCGGCUCCUCCGAGCUUGGUGGGCAUGGCAGCAGGACCCCCCCGCCUGGUUUUAGGCUUCCCCCCGGUUUGCAGGGGCAGGACCCCGCACACGGUGGCAGCCCGCGCGGAGUGAUGGUGGGCGCAGGACCGCCUCUCCCGGUGCACCACGGCUGCUGUGCUUUGGGUGAGCCGCCUGCUGCUGCCGUGCACCUGCCCCCCGGCUGGAAAUGUGCUUCGUGGUGGUUUUUUACAGGUGAACUUUGCCUGCUGUUGGGCCCGGGACAGAGUCUCCCCCCGGGGCCUGGCCUGAGAACAGCCCUCACAUGACAGCGGGAGCCCCGGGGCCGCCCGUGCCGUGCCGUGCCGUGCCCGGGGGCUGGGGCCCGGCGCUCCCCUUCCCUCCCUAUCGCCUCCACGGGAUGGAUUUUAAUAAAGCGAUAAACCCGUC